AUGGGACUCGACCGGUUUGCCUUCAUCCUUUUCUUGCUCGUGCCUGCUUGGAGCAUGCGCCAGGCCAGCAAUGGUACAGCUUGCGACUCCUUUCUCCCUUUUGGGCGAAAGUGUUGCGAAGCCAAGUGCGAUGGGAAACGGGGCGACUACGACCGCGGCUCGAACGUGGAGGAUCUCGAGUUGUAUGAGUGCAUUCCGACAUACGGAGCCUUCAAGAAGCCCAAAAGGACCUACGGAGUCUACGAAGCGGACGACACACCCAUCACCUCUAAGGAGAUGAAUGACUACAUCACCGCUUAUCGUCAUCACAGGACUCUCUCGCAGCUUCCAGAGUCGGACUAUGUUUGUGAGGAGACAUGUCGUUUUCUCUACAAAGGUGAGCAAAAAGAUCCGCUGAACUACAAAACGCUCAAGGUCUAUCGCUCUGGCCUCUCCGAGCGGCCGAGCUUCCUGCUGAACUUCGCGCAGGUCCAGAUCUUCGCCGAGGCCUACCGGUGUAUCUUCUACAGCGGUGACACUGACUACUUCCACACCCUGAGGCUCAUGGAGGCGAUCCUGGAGUCGGCGCCCAACUCCUUGGUGCAGCUCUAUGCCCUGGUGAUCUGGGCGAUCCCCGGAGGCAUUGAACUGGAACAUGCAGCAAGCCUUCUGAGAAUCUCUGUGCUUUGUUCCUUCGUCUCCGUCGGCCUGGGCCUGGCGAUGUGGGAGCAGAAAGUUCAGUUUCGGACUUCCUCCGGGUACGUGGCAGCCGUCGCCAUCAUGAGGGCCUUUGAGAUCGCCGCACGGAGCGCCACGCUCGCGGUCUUCUCAGGUUUGACCCACCCGUAUGGCUUCUUUUGGUCCCUAGCCGCAGACUACUGCAUCAUGCUCUUCUUAAUCGUGCGGCACCAGUCUGUGCAGUUCACCUAUGGCUUGUUCGUGGCGUUGCCCUUGGUGCUGGUGAGCUUGGAACCUUUAGUUUGGCGAAGGGAAGAUCAUGCGGUGCCCAAGGACUCCUACUACUUGGUGCGAGUGGCGGAGUUCGUAGUGAUGUGGAUGGUGAUCAUCCACAAGCAGGGACAACAGGCGGCGACCAGCAGCGCCGCAGAGAGCUCGGUGCUGGGCUGCGAGGUGUUGGCCUUGUUUAGCAUGCUGGGGCUUUUUAUCACUCUUCCCUUUGUGUGGCGCGUGGCGCGGCAACAUGAGCUUUGCCGGGACGUCGCUGACUGGGCGGAGGAGGGGAGGAUGCGGAGGGCCGUGCUGCGUCAAUGCACUCGGGUGAUUGAUGGGCCCAAGUGGGACGAAGUGGUGCUGGUUACACUGGGCCACCCUGGAACUGGUGUGUGA